UAUUCACAUGAAUUCCGUCCUAACAAAAGUCUGUAUAUACCCUCAAUCUGUUAUAUUAGAAAAAUGCUGAAAGUCGGAAGGCUGAUCAAGGACUCCCCGGUGCGAUGGGAUGCCGCUUACAAGGUGUUCAUGGGUGCGUGUGAGACGGCACGGCCCCGCUUCUACGAAGAGUUUUUGGAGAACAACAUCCCAGUACCGACUCCGCAACAAGAGGGGGGCGACGUCCGUGUACUCAGUAUCGGGAGUGGAUCAGGAGAAGCGGACAGCGUUAUCCUGAAGAAGAUCAUGCAAAGCCGCAGCAGUGUGUACAACAGAGUCGUGGAACCAUCAGGAGAAAUGCUGAGAGAUUUCAAGGUGUUGUCGCAACUUAAAGAACAUCUCAGUGGCGUCUCGUAA